AUGUCGGGAUCAGGGCUAGAGCAAGCGGAGAGAGAGAUUGAUAAGUCUUUGCGUUUAGGUAAAUUUUGUAUGCGCUUCAUAGGGUUGUCGUUUAACCCGGCGAAUAAUGCAUCGGAAUUCAUGCAGCAAAAGGUGAUGCUGGUUCUGUCUGUACUGGGCAUCUGCUACCACGUGUUCAGUGAAAUCGUGUACAUUGGCCUCACGUUGUCCAAUUCGCCACGGGUGGAGGACGUCGUUCCGCUGUUCCACACUUUUGGCUACGGAGCGCUCAGUAUUGCAAAGGUGUUCGUACUUUGGUACAAGAAGGACGUGUUCAGCCAACUGAUCAAGGAGUUGGCGGUAAUCUGGCCGGUCCCGCCGCUGGAUGAAGACGCGCAACUCAUCAAGAACAAGAGCCUGGCCGCGUUGAGCAUCACCCAACGAUGGUACUUCGCAAUAAACAUAAUAGGGGUAUGGUUCUACAACCUGACUCCAAUCGCGAUAUACUUCUACCAGCGGUUCCAGGGUAUGGAGGCUGUCAUCGGCUACGUCUGGGUCUCCUGGUACCCCUUCGACAAGCACGAGCCGAUUGCUCACGUCGCUGUUUAUAUCUUUGAGAUAUUUGCUGGUCAGACUUGCGUGUGGAUAAUGAUCUGCACGGACCUACUGUUCUGCACGAUGGCGAGCCACAUCGUCCUACUACUGCGGCUGCUGCAUCGGAGGCUGGAAUCCAUUGCCGUUGUUGACCAGCCCGAAGACCGUUACUACUAUGACAUUAUCGAGAAUAUCAAGUUGCAUCAGCGACUUAUUAGAUACUGCAACGAUUUGGAAGAAGCAUUCGCUUUAUCAAAUUUGGUCAACUACGUACUCAGCUCCGUAAAUAUCUGCUGCGUCGUAUUUGUUAUCGUGCUCUUGGAACCGUUUUUGGCGAUAAGCAAUAAAUUGUUCCUAUCAUCGGCCCUCAUUCAAAUCGGAAUGAUAUGUUGGUAUGGAGACGACAUCUUACACGCGAAUGCCGAUGUAGCUGCAGCUGCUUAUAACAGUGGUUGGUACCGCACAGACCCUCGCAGUCGAAAAGCUCUUAUGUUCCUCAUCAUCAGAGCCCAAAAACCAAUUGCAUUUACUGCAAUGAAGUUUACCAAUAUAUCACUGGUCACCUACUCUUCGAUUCUGACGAGAUCUUAUUCUUACUUCGCUCUUUUAUAUACUAUGUACAGUGACCGUUAGGUUAUGGUAUAUUGUGU